AUGGACAUUUCAAGCUCACGUUUGGACAAUGAGGGCGAAGUUAAAUCUUUGUAUACACAUAUUCCAAAUGAUGACGCGGAUAAAGAAGACAUGUUGGUGCUUUGUUCAGAGGAAGAGCUUGAUGAUAACGAUGACAAUGUUGUAUUACUCGAGAUGAUUGAUGGGGAUGACAAAAAGUAUGUCAGGCAAGUUGGUUUUGGUGUGUUAAGAAGGAUGAUUAGAAAGAUACCAGAUGGUCACCCAAAUUACAUGAUCCUUACAUGCCUUCGUGAUGGCUCAGGAACACAGAGCAAAAGUAAUGCUUCCAAAGCAACACCAACAACUAAUAGAACUAGGUGUAAGGCAAGGAUUUGUGCAAAGUUAUGGGAUGAUGGGACAUGGUAUUUGAGUAAAGUGGUGUUUGAGCAUAAUCAUCAUGUAAGCCCAAGAAAAGCAAGGUUUUUAAGGUGUUUUAAGAAUAUUAAUGAUGUUGCGAAAAGAAUGCUCGAUCUUAAUGAUACAUCUGGAAUAUGUUUAAAUAAGAAUUUUAACUCAUUGGUUGUUGAAAUGGGGGGGUUUGAGAAUGUUCCCUUUGGGGAGAAAGAUUGUCGAAAUUUUAUUGCCAAGGCAAGAGAGCUUCGGCUUGGCAAAGAAGGUGGUCAAGUACUUUGUGAUUAUUUCAGAAGAAUGCAAGACAUGAAUGAUGACUUCUAUUAUGUGAUGGACAUGGAUGAUAAUGCUAGGUUGCGAAAUGUGUUUUAG